AUGGAAACACAUAGCGAAUUAGAAACUCUAAAUGAUGAAUUAAAUGAACUUUAUGAAUUAGAAGAAGACCAGGAAGACAUAAAUAAUGUUUUUACUAUGAGGCAAAUUGAGGAAUUUAAAAAAAUUUAUGCAUUUAAACCUGUACAAGCAUCUAUUAAAAAAAAAAGUAAGUUUUUAGUAAAAUUGGAAAAACAAGAUGAUGAAGCAUAUUUAAAAAAAUUAAAAGAAAAACAAUAUUGUCAAAAGAAUUGUGUUAUUCAAAUUAACACACAAGAUGCUCUUAACAGAUAUCGAGAAAUCAAGGCAAUAUCUCAAGCAGAAAGUAAUUUUUGUUUUUUAGGGAUGAUAGAUGCUAGUGCAAGAUUUGGAAUGUUAAAUAAUAAAUCAAAGUCUGCUUUAAGAAGCUUACCCAGUUUUUUACAUCCUGGUACACCAAAUUUACUCGAUUUAGAAAAUUAUAUUUCAUGGGAUUUUGCUAAAUGUGUUCAAAUUCCCUAUUUCUUACAACAAGAAGGAACAAUAUACUUUAAAUCGCCUUAUAAAAUACAGGUAUUUGGUGUAUGUGAGAAAGGAACUCCAUGA